AUGGCGAGCAGCAAGGCGAUGGUGGGCUUAUGGGCAUUAGCAUCGGUGCUAUUGGUUGUGAUAGGCAGUGGAAACACUGUGCAGGGAAUCACAUGCAUCGAAGCCUUAACUGAAUUGGCGCCAUGCAAUCCCUUCGCCGGAGGCACUGCUCCAUCGCCCAAUCCUCUUUGCUGUUCCGCCGUACAGAAUGUGAACAAGGAGGCUACCACCACGGAAAUACGCAGACAGCUUUGUCUAUGUUUCCAGCAAGCUGGUUCAUCUGCUCAUAUUAACCUUCAGAAAUUGAAGCAAAUUCCUGACUUGUGCCAUCUCCAAAUUCCGGAUCCCAUCGACCCUACGGACUGCAGCAAGUAA